CAGCAUACCCGCAGAUCCGUAUGGGCAAAGCCUACCAGUCCUUGUCCGCGUCGUGGCAGUUUUUAGCCGCCUUGGUUCUAUUCCUUCUCGCACAUGGCAACUGUGACGCCCCCCCCCCCGCGCAAGACUUGGGAGGAGAGACAGAUGCGCUCAACCUCGUAAAUCACCGCGCCUUGCGGCGCCGACUUGUGACGGCGUCGGAGGUCCUCUCGGAAGGACAAGGGUACAACCCCAACCUGGACAAUCAAUCCUACUACGAGCCCCUGCCCCCCUCGUCUCAAGAGCAGUACCAGCAGCGGGCACAGCACCGUUCAAGCACGGAGGCCCACAGCGAUGAUGAAAACGCCAUUAAUUUGCGCAGCGGGGGUGUACGGAUGUAAACACAUGCCAGCGUGCUGAUGGCUCCGUGCAUCUACCCAAGCCGCUCGUUGCUCCUCGAUGAGAGGGAAUGCUUGAGAGGGCGAAUGGCGCAGGCGCGAAGGAUCUAUAUUGGAAGAUGACUGGGCUUUGAAGACGUCUUUUGAUGUAAAUAUGCCAGUAGAAGUGCACGGCAUUGUAGUACCAAGAAACGAAUUUGUGGGGUGAGGCCCCUGGAGGCAAAGGGUAGAUCGCCAAGGCGAAGAUGGCCUGGCCCCUCUGUACAUGUGGAAAUUGACAUAGCUAAUGAAACAAGUAAGCGAAUGCGUGGAUCGGGCAGACAUUGCAUUGAGGUCCAGUAACAGCUCCCCGUCAUCGAAUUAACCCGAACGAAUCCAGGCGACAUAAUCCGGCCGUGACGGUCAAAGGAAAGGAACAGGAAAAGGUGCAGAAAGCACGUUGGAGACCACGUGUUGGUGCCACGUCCCACGUGUUGUCACGUGCUUAUACAGUUGCUUUCAAGGCAUUAAAUGCCAGCUUUUAACAAAUUUCCUUCUAAAGCACAAUUGGUGCGUCUUUCCUAUUCCCUGUGUACCACUCUAUACCCUCCUCAGGCGUCGCUCACGCCAUCUUCCGCAAAUUU